ACUUCUUCGUUUUCUUCGGAGAUAGAGAAAGAAACACACAACAACCGAGAGAGAUGCACAAAUUCGCAACCUCAUUGCGGAGGCGAACCUCCGGAACAGAUCAAUUCCGGCGAUGUUUCUCUCAACUAGCUCAACGGCAAUCAUCGAUUGAAGAAUCCGGUGGAGUUCCGAUCAUACCAGCUUUUGAUUACUCUCCUCCGCCGUACACUGGUCCUACCGCCGAGGAGAUCCUCCGUAAGCGUAAAGAGUUUCUUAGCCCUGCCAUGUUCUGCUUCUACAAGAAACCAUUAAACAUUGUACAUGGGAAAAUGCAAUAUUUAUUCGAUGAGAAUGGGCGAAGAUUUCUUGAUGGUUUUGGAGGGAUCGCUACUGUGAAUUGUGGUCACUGUCAUCCUGACGUGGUCAAAGCAAUCAUAAAUCAGACCACCACCUUACAACACUCCACCAUUCUCUAUCUCAACCACUCCAUGGCAGAUUUCGCCGCUGCUCUCGCCGGAAAAAUGCCCGGCGACCUCAAGGUGGUGUUUUUUACGAAUUCGGGUACGGAGGCUAACGAACUGGCACUGAUGAUCGCACGAUUAUACACAGGCUGCCAGGACAUCAUAUCAUUAAGGAACGCGUACCAUGGGAACGCAGCCGGUACAAUGGGUGCUACGGCUCAAUCUAACUGGAAAUUUAAUGUUGUUCAGAGUGGGGUCCAUCACGCAGUAAAUCCAGACCCGUACAGAGGACAAUUCGGGUCGGAUGGAGAAAAGUAUGCCAAAGAUGUCGACGACUUGAUCCAGUUUGGAACUUCUGGAAAUAUUGCUGGUUUUAUUUUUGAAGCAAUUCAGGGUGUUGGAGGAAUUGUUGAAUUGGCCCCAAAUUAUUUACCUCCGGUUUAUAAAACUAUUAAGAAAGCAGGAGGACUUAUGAUCGCUGAUGAAGUUCAAGCGGGAUUUGCACGCACCGGAACUAACUUUUGGGGAUUCCAAAACCAAGGAAUUGUUCCCGAUAUAGUCACAAUGGCAAAGGGUAUUGGAAAUGGGAUUCCGCUUGGUGCGGUGGUGACUACACCAGAAAUCGCGAAAGUUUUAGCCCGUCGAAGUUAUUUCAAUACGUUUGGCGGAAACCCGGUUUGUACUGCUGCGGGCCAUGCGGUUCUCAAAGUUAUUGAGAGAGAAAAUCUUCAAGAAAAUGCUCAUGUCGUUGGAUCUUAUUUAAAGAAACGUCUCAUCUCUCUCAAAGAUAAGCACGAAAUUAUUGGGGAUGUUCGUGGAAGAGGACUAAUACUUGGAGUUGAGCUAGUUACCGAUCGCAAACUCAAAACUCCGGCAAAGACAGAAAUAUUGGAGAUAAUGGAGACAAUGAAAGAUUUAGGGGUAUUGGUUGGAAAAGGUGGAUUCUAUGGAAAUGUUUUCAGAAUCACUCCACCGCUAUGCUUCACUAAAGAAGAUGCAGAUUUUCUUGUGGAUGUGAUGGACUACUCGAUUUCAAAGCUAUGAAGAUGGGGCAUGGCCAAAGAGCAUCUUGUAUGUGUACUACUUAUAAAGUAAGACAUAAUGAAUUUAUCAUAUAUUUGUAUGAUAUAAAUUAUGGGAAAAUGUGUGUGAUUAAAAUGUUGGGCAAUAUUGAUAAAAAUUGUAAGGGUCAACAGCUCGUUGACUCUCUUUGUAUCUGUUAUAUUCUCUUUCUAAAUAAAAAUGUCA